AGCACAUUUAUCAUUCUGUCCAUUGAUUCAACUAUUCUUGAAUGGAGAUGUGGUGUGAGUAUGUCAUUAUUUCGAAGAUUUUUCACAUGUAUCUCUACUGACAAUUAUCCAUUUCCAUAUACAACUAAUCUUAUACAAGAAAAUACUAAAAAAUUUCCUAAUAAUAAUAAUAAUAAUAAUUGUAUUAUAUGUCAUGAAUCCGUUAUAACAUGUUUAAAUGAUCAAUCUAUUAAAAAGCAAAAAUAUUUAUCAUCAUUUACAAAAUAUAAACAAUUCUCAUCAUUAACAACUGAAGAAAAUCAAAAUAUUCAAACAAAACAACCAGAAACUAUGUCAAUUUGUAUUCCAUGUACAGAUAUACUUGAUCAUAAUACUAAUAAGAAUUUACAACUAAAUGAUAAUAAGAUGUAUGAUAUAACAACUUCAUCUUAUCAAUAUAAUUUAACAUAUCCAUAUACUACUAACAUUAUUACUACUACUAAUGCAACAACAACAACAAUAACAACAUCACCAAUAUCAACAGUAACAACAUGUAUUUCAAUGAAUGAUACUACGGAAAAAUCAAUUAGUUUACAAUGUUCUAAAUUUAUUACACGUUGGAUAACACAUUGCCCAUUUCAAUGGAAUAUCAAAUCAUCAAAUCAACAAAAAACUAUCAUCAAUAAUAAUAAUAAUCAUUGGCAAACAACAACAACAACUAUCAGUUCUAAUAAUCCAAUUGAUUCUAUCUAUACACAAUCUCCAUAUCAACAAGAUGUAUUAGAUCCAAUUAAUAAAACAACACAAAGUACUACUACUAAUGAUGAUGAAACUAUUCAGGAAUUCAUUGAAGAAUGUGUUAUACCUAUACCUGUAUUUAAUUUAUUUCUAUAUUUAGCACAAGAAGGUGUUUAUGCUAAAGAUUUAUUUCGACGACCUGGUAAUAUUGCUCAAAUCAAACAUAUAUUACAACGUUUUGCAUCUGAUCAAAUAAUUGAUUGGAAAGAUUAUAAUAUACAUACAGUAGCAACAGUUGCUAAACGUGUUUUAUUUAAUAUACCAAAUGGUUUAAUUGGUUUAAAAGGUGAAAAACAAUUAUUACAUACAGCUUUAUUAACCCAACAACCAUUAAAUGAUGAUAAUAAUAAUCAAUUAAAAACAAUAACUAAUUUAAAGAAUAUACCUAUAGAACUAGAUGAAUCAUUGAAUACUUUAUUAUUCAAUGAAACAAAUGAUCAUGAUGAUAAUCAUAAUAAGAAUGUACAUCAUACAGAUAAUGAAUGUACAGAAUCAUUUAAUGAAUUCAUAAGACGUGCUAUAGUUAUUACAAAGAUUGAUACAAUUCAACAAUCUAAUAUUGUACAUUUAUUAUUUUCAUAUGGUUCAAUAAAACAAAUAUAUCAAUUAACUCCAGUGGAUAUAGAACGUGUACAAGUUUUUCAAAAUAUACUUAAAGAUUUAACAAUAGCACAUCGUCAAUUAACUAUUAUGAUUUUUGGUAUAUUACAUCAACUUGUAUUUAAUAUGGCAUUUAAUACAGCAAAUCAAAAUAAUGAAUUAGAUAAAGAUAAUAAUGAAUUACCUAAUAUACCAUUACUUAAAUUAGCUGAAGGUGUUGUUAAAUCAGUUGCUGGUUCAAUGUUUCAUUCAUGUACAUCAUCAUUAUUAUUAAUCAAUCAAACAACCCAAGUACUUCAAUCAUUAGUGAUUUGUUUUCCUGUUAUGGAUAAACAAUUUACACAAUUCUAUUGGGAUAUAUUAAAUAAUCGUUAUAAAUUAAAAAAAUCAAAAUUUACUCAUCAUUUCCCUGGUGUAAAAAUGAAUAUAACAAAAUCAGGUGGUACUACCCAUUCAGAAUCUUGUUCAUUUAUGAUUUAUUCUAAAUCAGCUUAUUCAACUCGUUUAAUCAAUGCUGCUGGACGUUUAUUCUGUUUAAAGAAUUCUAAUUCCAAUAAUAUACCCAUUAAUAAUCAUAUAAAUAAGAAUAGAAAUGAUAUACAAACAUCACCACCAUCAACGAUUACAUCAUCAUCAUCAUCAAUGAAACAUUUUUGUUUUCCAUUAAAAGAUUCAACACGUCAAUUACAAAAAUCAAAACAAUAUUUAUCAAUACAUCGUGAAUCCUCUAUAGUAGAAUCAUCAUUCUAUCAUAAUACAAAUGAAAUGAAUAAUCCAAAUAAACAAAUAGGAGCAAUUAUUGAUCAACCUGUUGAUGUAUCCAUUGUAUCAUUAAAUGAUGUAUCAGAAUCCAAUAAAAGACCAAAAUGUAAAGAUGUAAAAUUUUCAUCUUAUUCUAAAGUGAAUGUACAUAAUGAAUUAGAUAAUCAUUCAAUAAAUGAUAUAAAUACAAAUUCGCAUUUACAUAGUAUAAAUCUUCGACGUAAUCAAUCACGUUAUCGUUCAUUACGUCGUAGACAAAUGGAAAAUUUAACAAAACGUGCUGAAUGGUUUUUACAACCAACUAUAUUACCUAAAUUAACAUUUACAUUAAAUCAAUUUAAUAAUCAUACAAAUACAACAAUGUCUACCAUAUCAUUAUUAAAUAUACAUAAUACUAAUAAUACUACUGAUAAUACUACUUAUAAUGAUAUUACUACUGCUACUACUAAUAAUAAUAAUAGUAUUAUACAAGUGAUUCAUCCAAGAAUUUUAUUCACUUCAUCUACAAAUGAUUUAUUGAUUUCAUCCAAUUACAAUCAUUUAGAUACAACAUAUUGUCAACCAAAUGAUACAUUAAUCAAUAAACAAAAAGAAAUGAAUCUAUCUAAUUUAUAUCCACCUAGUAAUUAUUGUCAUAGUUUUAAUAAUUUAUUAAAUCAUUCAUCAUCAUUAUUAACACCACCAUCAUUAUCAUCAUCAUCAAAUUAUUAUGUUAGAUCACAAUCUCCUUUAAAUAAACAAAAUAAUACAAUGAAUACAUUGAUAUUAUCAAAGAAUAAUUCAACAAAUCCAUUUAUAUAUUAUGAUAUCUCUAAAUAUUCAUUACCAUUUGAUGAUGAUGAUGAUGAUCAUCAUCAUCAUCAAAUGAAUCAACAUCAUCGUUUACAAUCUACUAGUUAUGAUAAUUUUGAUCUUAUAUCUUAUCCAUCUAAUGAUCAUCAUUAUCAGAAGAAGAUGAAGAAGAUACAUGAGAUUCAUAAUAGAAAUCAAUUCAGUGAUUAUAAUAUUACAUCUACAAGUAUAUCUAUAUCUAGUACAAAUUAUACAAAUACAACUACAUUAUCAUUAAGUAAUAAUAAUCCAUUAUUUCAUAAAAAAUUAACAUUAUCAUCAUCAGCAGCAUCAAGAACAUCUAUCUCAGGUUUAGGUAAUAGAAUAAAAUCAGAUAUACUUUAUUCUGAUUGGUCAAUGAAUCAACCAAUUAGAAAUGAACUUUUAACUGAUUGUGAUCAUCUUGUUCAACGUCCACGUAGUCAUAGUACUAGUGAUAAUAAUGAUAAUAAUAAUAAUAAUAAUAAUAAUAGUCAUAGUAACAAUAUAACUAAUAUACAAUCAUCUAAAAUAUUACCAUCAUAAAAUGAAUUUAAUAAUAAGAAAAAAAUACAAAGAAAAAUAAUUAUUAAAAAAAAGUUGAUUCGUUUUUUUUUUUGUUUUUUUCUUUUUAUUUAUAUUCUCUUUAAUUCAUUAUUUUAAUGUUUUGGAUGAAUUUUUUUAUAUACAAAUAGAUGAAAUAUUAAUGUCCUAGUGAACAAUAUAUUUUAAUAGUACAAACUGUUUCAUUCAUUCACUCACACACACACACACACUCUCUCUGUCUGUCCCUCUAUCUGUCUAUCUCUCUCGUUCUUUGAACUUGGUUCAUUUUGUUUAAAAUUUAAUAUAUUACUGAAUUAUGCUACUCAUAUAUAUAUAUAUAUAUAUAUAUAUAUAUAUAUAUAUAUAUAUAUUGCAGGGAGAUGUAACAUACUCAUUACAUAUAUACAUAGUGCUAAUGUUACACCAAUGUAUGAUUCUCCUUUUUUAAUGAGUUCAUUGGAUUGAACAUUCAUUUAAAAAAAAUAAACAAACAAAUAAACAUGACUUGCAUUUAUUUCAAAUAAAUGUUUAUUUAUUUAUUUAUUUGUAAUUUUAAGUGUAUUUUAAGGUUUUUCCACAGCAACAACAACAGCAACAACAAAUCAUGGUUAUCAAAAACCUUGCAUUUUUAUAGUAGAACAAAAACAUAUUCACACACACACAUCCACGUACGCACACAUCCACCCCCACCCUACACACACACAUACACACUGAUGAUUAGUAUACAAAUGUAUUUUUCAGUUUCUUCUAAAUGAUGUCAAUAUGAUACAUUAAAAAUAAAAAAAAUCUGUUUUUUGUACUUUUUAUGAAGAUAAAUCUCAUAGUGAUUCUCGUUUCUUUUUUUUUCCUUUUUUUUUUAAUAUUUUACUACACUUUUUCCUUAUAAUCAUGAAUGAAUCAAGAGUGUAUGUUCAUGUGUGUAUGUGUGUGUAGUACGAGUGUGUGUGUGUGUGUAUGAGUAUACAUGUGCAAUUGUAAUUGUUUCAUCAUUUUCUUGCUUAUAUACUGUUUUCAAAAUAUGAAAACAAAAAAAAGAAACAAGAAGCAAAAACAAGAAAGAAAAAAGAGAGAAAAAAACAAUUACGUCAUUACAUUUUCAAAUUAUUGACUUUUUAAUGUUUAAUUGAAUCAAUUGUUUUUUUCUUUUUAUUAAUUAAAAUGUAUUUUUACUUUUUUUUUCUUUAUUUUUAUUUUUAUUUUUGUUGUUGUUGUUGUUGUUGCUGGAAAUUUUAUUUUAAUUCUCACUAAUUUCUUUUUAUGCUACAUUUUUUUGUGGUGAAUCUGUAAUUAAACAAAAAAGAAAAACAUACUGUGUGUAUGCAGAAAAAGAAAAGAAUAGAAAAGACAAAAAAAAAGAAUAUUUAGCAUAUAUAUAUAUUUUUUCUUUUUUUUGUUUUUCUUUUUUUUCUAAAAAAAGAUCAAUAAAGAAGUCAAUAAAAAAAAGAAGAAGUUCAUCAAAUUGUUUAUUCAAUUUUAUUAUUCAUCAUUUUUCUCUUUUAUUUUUUAAUGAUUUAUCUAAUCAUUAAAGAAAUUGAUCAUUGAACAACUUUUAUUAAAAUAAUAAAAAAAAAGGAAGGAAAGAAUGAAUGAAUGAAAAAAAAAGAAAGAGAUUUUGAUGAAACAUGUAAUUGUAACAUUGAAUUAUUGAAUAAUAAAGGUAAGAAUGAUUGUUCUUAUCAUUUAUUAAUUGAAUAUUAUCAUAAUAAGAUAUUUAUAUUCAUUAGUUAAAAUCAUCAGUCAAUUGAAGAUAAUAAUCAUCUAUUCAGUAGUGAUUGACUUUAAGAAACAUUUCUUGUAGUUCUAGUGAGAAGCAUUGACCAGUGGAAUUCAAUUAGGUCUGUUA